AUAUAUAGAAUUUUAUCCAUCGAUUCUAGUGUCUGUGACGUAUUUUUUCCGUGUAUCCAUUGUAUCCAUACUAAAUGUAUCUAUUAGUGUUAAAUUUCUAAGUCAUGAGUUUUGUUAAUUAUUAUUGACAGCUUUUCUCCUUGCUACCUCGACGUAUCUCAUUUGCUAUGUUGAAUAUACUUACUUAUCUACAACCACAUCUACCAUUGGUUGAAGAAUUUAGUUCUUCUCCAUAUAAUCCUACUGUUUAGUCCUUCCUUAGCUUGGCCCCAAUGCAAUCCUCUUGUAAUGGUAUUUGCUAUAUCUGUAUUCCCUUUUCCCUUUUUUUGCACUUCUCUCACUACUUUUACCUCAUCCCUAAUUAUUCAAUCACUUAUUUUUUUCCAUUCUUGUUCUCCGUAUAUUUUUUUUAAUUUAUUAAUUUAGGAUGUAUAUAAAGAAUUUCAAUAAUCUCAGUUAUUUUGAUCGCUAACUUUGGAAUUUUCUUUAUUUUCAAAGAAAAAUACAUAUGAUAUAUACAUUAUACAAAGUUACGUAAUUCCCAAAAUUUCACGUCAAUUUGCAAUUUCCUAUUUUCAAAUAACCGUUUGAAAAAAACUCUUCAAAAAAAUUAUAAAAUAUAAAACUUUAGUCCUGAUUACAUCUCUGUAUUUUGUCAGCUUACUUCAUUUUCAUUCAUAUCACAAUAAAUAGCAGUCUUCAGUGUUUUGAUGAAAUUCUUAUCAAUUACAAAUAACUACUACAAGGUAUAUAUUUGCUAUAUAAAGAUUUGGACUUAAGUUUCUUCACACUUCUGACCUAACUUAAAAAUUGGUCAAAAUGUGGUCACAAUACAUUUUUUUGCUGCUUGUUGGAUGUAUAACUACUGCAACUACUUCUGCUUGGAUAGAUAACCGAGAAUAUGUUUAUUCAGUUCAAGGACGCACUCUUGCCAGCCUCGACAUCGCCAACGUAUUCUCUGGAAUAUUGAUGAGGACUACCUUGAGAAUCCAAACUAGACCAGAUGGGAACCUACAAGGUUUAUUGGUGAAUCCUCAGUAUGCUCAAAUUCACUCUGAACUGUCAGAAGGUCCCUUGACUCACAUUCCAAGUGCAGAGGUGAACUGGAAACAGUUAGAAAUGAGUAGAAAACCUUUCCAAAUAGUAAUGAACCGAGGAGUUAUAUCUGAUCUCGUUGUAACUCGUAGUAUGCCUAAUUGGGAAGCUAAUAUUCUCAAAGGAAUUAUAAGUCAGCUACAAUUAAAUAUUGAUCACUGGGGUACUGCAGAUCCAGAUUCAUUUAUAAUUCCCGAAGAAACUGUAAGUGGUACCACUGAUACUUCAUACAAAAUAAAUCGCAUACCCGAAUAUUUGCUUUUAAAUUCAGAAAUAGUGCCUGACUUUCAAAGUAUAGAAGAGGAUGACUGUGACAUUUUGGAAGUUGUAAAACACAAAAACUAUACUAAUAGUAUUGAACUGCCAUCUUUCAUAUACGGAUUAGGAAACGUAUUUGGAAAGAAAGCUGCUUCCAAUGUAAUGGGAGAAUUCUUUGUAAGAGAUACAAUGACCAGAGCACUUGUUACAAGAUGUUCAAAACAAUCAACAAUACAAAAUACGUUUACAUUGAAUAAAGUAUCAGUUAGUCCAACUUUUAGCGACAACCAACAAGGAUCAGUUGUCAGUAUGUGGAACGCUACCUUAGAACAAAUAAAACUGCAAAAUAAAGUUUUAGAAGAUGUUAUAGACCCAAUUAGAUUAGGUGGACUCGUUUAUUCUUAUGGAAAUUCUCACUCUCAUUCUAAUAAAGUAGAAGAAAAACAAAGAGAAUACAAUUAUUUUGAAUAUAAGGAAGUACCAUGGAAACGGACUGUUAAAUCAAUCUCGCACUAUUCUGAUUCUACAUGGAGAUCAGCCGAAACCUACAAACAAGAAAAACCGGAUUUAAAUAAACCUACUGAAUAUCCUAUGCUACCUUAUACUAUUGGAAACAAAGGUUUUUCUAUAAAAAAUGAUAUCGAUAUUGUCCAAUCAGUAGUAAGUAUUGCUCAAGAGAUCGGUAGCGAUUUACAGGAUCCCAGAAAAACUCUAGCUGAAAACACUUUAGCUAAAUUCAUAAACUUAAUCAAAUUAGUUCGCACUAUGGAUCAACAGGAAUUGAAAAGAGCUGGAAAUGAUUUAUAUUAUACCAACAAUGAAGAUCUAUCCAGAUACGCAGCAUGGGCAACUUACCGUGAUGUAGUAGCUGAAUCUGGAAGUUUACAAUCGUUACUUGUUAUACAAAGUUGGAUUGAAUCUAGGAACCUUAAACUAAUGGAAGCUGCUUACGUUAUUGCUCAAAUGAUGAACUCAGUUCAAACACCCACUACUGAAUAUAUUAAAACUUUGUUCGAAUUUGUUAAAAAGCCGGUCGUUUCUUCUCAAUGGCCGUUAAACGAAACAGCAAUAUUGAGUUUAUCUGAGCUCACCCGUAAAGUAUUCUUCGAUGAUGCAUUCUACAAAACAAAUUACCCAAUAGAAAGCUAUAAAAACUUGAGAGAUGAACAAGGUCGUGAGUAUGUCAGAAAAACAAUUAUCCCUUACUUCACGAAAUGUCUUGAUUCAGCUAUAAUUCAAGAUGAACCUACUAAAAUUCAUACUUAUAUUCGCGCUUUGGGUUUCAUCGGGGAUACUGAAAUACUCAAAGCUUUUGAACCAUAUUUAGAGGGCAAAAAAAUGUGCUCCCAAUACCAACGCACACUAAUGGUUAUUGCAAUGGAUAAACUUGUGAAAACAUAUCCAGAUAUAGCUCGCGAUGUACUCUAUAGAAUAUAUGAAAAUAGUGGUGAAUAUCAACCCCUGAGGGUUGCUGCCGUAUAUCAAUUGAUGCGUACAAAGCCAUCAGUCGAAAUGUUGCAGCUUAUGGCCUCUUACACUAACGUAGAUGUACAGGAAGAAGUCAAUGCUGCUGUUAAAACUUCCAUUCAAAGUUUCGCAUCUCUGAAAUUGGACGAAUUUAAAGAUUUACGUUAUGCUGCUGAAAUGGCUUUACCACUUCUAACAGAAACUGAAUAUGGGCUUCAUCAAGGCGGUAAUUAUCUGAGAACUUAUAUUGUUGAUCAGCUAAAUCUAAAAUAUAAAGAAACUUUACAACUGUAUGGAAGCAGUGAUAAUUUUAUACCAAAAGGAUUUAAAUAUGCUUGGAGGUCCAAUGAAGGAGGGCGUAGAAACCAAAUACUGAAUAUACAAACAUGGUUAACAAGCGUGGACCAACUUUCUCGAGUAAUUUAUGAACAAACAGAAUCAUUUCAUCUGGCAAAACAACAACAAAAUUUGAAACGACAGCAAAACGUAACAUUAAGCAGUCAAAAUAUUGCUCGUAUUCUAAACAUGCAAGCUCAAGCAGAUGAACAGUUGGAAGGAAUUAUGUUCUUUAUGGAUGCUGUUUUACCCUUAAAGAUGUUGACAUUUGAUAACAAUACAAUUGAACAACUACCCCAUCUGCUAAAACAGCUUGAAAAGUACUUGAAUGAGGAUAAAGAAAUUAACGAAGUAAAAUUAACUAACAGCGAUGAUGCAAUCAUGGCAUUACCUCUUGAAAUGGGUAUCCCAUUUGUGUUUAUGUACGAUGCUCCAACAGUUUUGAAAGUCCACGGAAAAGUAAAAGCUGCGGUUCAACCAAAUUUGUCCGAAUGUGGUCGAUUCCAAAAACCUACUUUUAUUAAGAUCAGAACAGAUAUGGCAGUUACGUUUGGCUCAAAAAUACAGGGUCACAUUUCGUUUUUCACACCUUUUGAUCGUAGAGAGUAUUAUUCUGGUUUCGAAAAAACAAUGCAAUUACAUCUUCCCAUAGCGGGAACAUUUGAAGUGAAUUUGGAAAAGAAAGAGUUAUCAUUUGAUAUCGAACCUAAAGAGAUACAUAACGAGGCUCCUUUGUUCCAUUACAGUACUUGGCCUUUCACUUCUUGGAGAGAUAUUACAGAUUUGAGAACUCUAGUCGCCCAACAUCAUAAUCAAUAUAUUAAAUCAGAUAGAAUUCGCACUUUUAACACGGUUGUAGGUAAACAACAAACUGGGUUAUCAUAUCGUAUCAAAUUUGAACAUAACAGAGAUACUAUACAAAUGUCUGAUAUUUACAUGUUUUGGCAAAAAGGAAAUCUAGAUGCUAUUAACAAUUUAUGGAGAAACGGUGACAUUCAAUACAGUCAAUUUAAUUUCACUUACCUCCCUAAAGAAUCUUUGACCAAAAACGUACAACUUCGUUUGAGAUACUACCAGGACUAUAAAGAGAAAGGAGAAACUCAUUCAUUCAACUGGAAUUAUGUGAGUUCAGCUGAUAAUUAUUCAGAAAGGAUUAAUACUUUACUGAAAGGAGCUCGUGCCGAUAUUAGAAAUGUUGAAAGCCGAGCUAUUGAUGCCUCAAUGCGUUUCAUAGGUAGCAAAAACAUAGAGCACAUUGUUUCUGGUGCUGUGUCCAAGAGUAACGUAGAUCCAAAAUCCCGUAUAUUCGCUUUUUACAAACUGAAGAAGAGCGACUUCGGUAAACCUUACGAAAUGAAAUUAGAAGCUGUUAAUGAUAUACCAAAUACAAACACUUUAAACGUCGACUAUGCUUUAGCAGCUGAACCCAAAGUAAAUUCUUUGCUUAUAUUGACAUUUGAUACUGAUAAUGGUGAAAAAGGGCAAAUUAAAGCUGAUAUUAUGCUAACUAGAAGCGGAAAACGUAAAGAAUUUUUGAAAGAUUUACCAAUGUACCAACAAUGUAAACGAGACAUGCGAGUGAAUAACAACCAAUCUCCUGCUUGUGUUAACAUGACCCUAGCUGCACAGUUGUUGAAUAAAAUUGAUAUAAAUUUGGCAUAUGAUAACUUGAGUCCUCUUGUUAAAGAUAUUGUUGAAACAGCUUAUGAUCACUUGAAAUAUAACUACUAUCCCAGCGUGGAAACUGAUUACGUACAAAAAUCUGAAGCUGGAAACCAAAUCAAAAUUAAAUCACAAUUUGAUGAAGAUUUGCAAUUCCUCAACAUUUCUGUUACCACUAAAGAGCAGACAACUAAUUUCAAGGAUAUUGAGGCUGGUGAAUAUUCUAGAAGUUUAUUCGUAGUCAAUCCUGCGUAUUCUCUUUCAAGUCGAAUUAUCAGUAAAAUUUUGGAAAUUGAUACAAUCAACCCUGUUUGCGUUGCUGAUCAAUCACAAGUAACAACUUUCAGCAAUUUGACGUAUCCAUCUGUAUUAUCCAAUUACUGGACUGUACUAGCUCAAUAUGUUCCAAUUAGGGCUAAUGAAGAAGAAGAAAUAUACUCUGUUCAUGAACAACUUGAAAGUCAAGAGACAAACUUAGUAAUCCUAGCUCGCAAGAGUAUGUCUGCUUCGGAAUCAGAAACAGCUAAAGAUGUCAAAAUUGUCAUCAGCUCUCCCGACACUGACUUUGAAACUAUUGAAAUACUUAUGUCACUCAAUCAAAAACGAUCUUCAGUUGAUAUCUAUGUAAAUGGGCAACAAAGAGAAGUAUCAGAAUUUGACUGCCAUGAUAUUAGAAAUGGUUAUAUACAAAUAUUUGCAUUGUCCCAUGGAGAAGUAAAAAUGGAAGUGAAAAAUAUAUUGCAUUUAACAUAUGACGGUAUUCGUAUCAAAUUGGAAGCUGUCUCCAGUUUACUAAGAGGCUCAACAAGAGGAUUAUGCGGUUCAUUUAGUGAUCAACAAAACGAAGACUUUUUGACACCAUCAAACUGCUACGCCCGUAAUCAUGAAAAGUUUAUAAGGAGCUACGAAGUUGAAGGACAACAAGGUGAGCAAACUAGAGAAGAGUUGUCUCAAGACUCCCAUCUAUGUGUAGAAAAGAAGAUGCCUCUUCACAUCAAUAUAAUCAGUCUUAAAGAUCUCCUUCCAGCUGUUGAUGUGGAACAAUCUGAAGGUAAUAACUGCACUCGACAUCAGACUAGAUACUUUGAGCAAAGUACCGAAAUAUGUUUCACAACUUCAGUAGUACCUACAUGUAGUAGUGUUUGUCAAGCUGAAGGAUAUAUCACCAAGACUAUACCAGUGCAUUGCAUCGUUAAGAGCAACGUGGCUUUAUUAUGGAAAAAACAAAUUGAUACUGGUGGCAACCCCGACUUUAGUCACAAAAAAGAGCAUAAAAAGUUACAAAUGGAAGUUCCUCAAACUUGUUCCAAAUAAAAUGAGUAGAGGGAACAGUAGUAAUUCGUCAGUAGAAAUAUUCUCACGAAUAAAUGAUGAUUUCUAUUUUUUUUUGUCAUUUUCAAAUACUAUUAAACCUAUUUCUAUCUGCAUAUCACUGUUUACCUAAUAUAUAAAAUGAGAUAAAGUGAAAUAUAUGAAUAAAUAUAUACAAUCAA